CCUUCCGAGUGCUGCCUCCUUAUCACCACCACGAAUCUGCGCUACGACUACCGUCUGCCUCGCAAAAGGAGAGACUAGAGCAGUGCACUCUAGUGAGCAGGGUGGGUACCCCCUUUCCCCCCCGACCGCCGUCGCGCUCUCCCUCUUCUUCCCAUCUCGCCUCCUUCGCCGACGUGAUGCCCGCUCUCGGGCCCUCGGCCAUUGCAGGCGCCUGUGCCGGCCUCGUAUCGUCCAUUGUCACUUGCCCACUCGAUGUGGUCAAGACAAAGCUACAGGCUCAGACGUCGACCAGUCGCGCAGCUUCCUCAUCCUCAUCAUCCUCAUCAGCAACAGCAACAGCAAGCACCUCGCAGCUUCCGAGACCUCCGCAGCCUACUCCACCACCGAGAGGGGGUGCGGGCGCAGCAGCGGGGCCUUCCUCAUCGUCACUGUCAUCAGCGUCAAAGACGGCGAGUAGCGCCAUCAAGGGUGGAGAGGAGGAGCAGCUCUACAAGGGUCUCGUAGGCACGCUGCGCCGCAUCUAUCGAGACGAUGGAAUUCGCGGCUUCUAUCGUGGUCUCGGCCCAACCAUAUUUGGAUAUCUCCCGACCUGGGCCAUCUACUUUACAGUCUACGAUGGCAGCAAGGAGUUUCUAGCACGAAGAGGCGGGAUAGGUCAACGAGGAGGAGGGGACCAGUUCUUCGAUCACAUUAUCAGCGCUAUGACUGCGGGAGCAGCGAGUACCGUUUGUACGAGCCCGUUGUGGGUCGUCAAGACGAGGUUCAUGCUCCAAUCAACCAAGUCCCGCUCUCCAACAGACCCACCCCCCUACAAGCACACUCUCGACGCCUUCGUUAGAAUCAUGCAGACAGAAGGGCCUCGAGGCUUCUAUCGGGGGCUCCUCCCCUCCCUCCUCGGCGUAUCCCACGUAGCAGUCCAAUUUCCGCUCUACGAAUCACUCAAAGGCUGGGCGCGUGACUCUCCCCUCGCAGCAAGUGUGGUGGGCGGCGAGCCAGGAGAGAGGGAGUUGCCUGCGCAAGUCAUUCUGCUGUGCUCCAGCACGGCAAAGAUGAUUGCGAGCGUCUUGACGUACCCGCAUGAGGUCGUAAGGACGAGAUUGCAGAUGCAGCCCAGAGGGAAGGCGGUAAAGGUUGAGCAAGGUGGGCAAGCAGCAUCAGCAGCAGCAACGGCUGGGCCGAGCUCGACACAUUCAUUGCAGGGAAGCGUAGACUCACGGCGAGGCUAUUCCACCAGCACCACGUCAUUCUCAUCAGCAACGUCAAUACGUCGUCCUCCCUCACUCCAUCACCAACCGGCACGGCACCUCUUCACAUCCUCCCGCACAGCCGCUUCAGAGCCACAUGGCCUCAAGUACUCUGGCGUCAUUCGAACUGUCAAGACCAUCUUUGUCGAGGAAGGCGUGCGCGGUUUCUACAACGGCAUGGGCGUUAAUCUCGUACGGACCGUCCCCAGUAGCGCUUUGACUAUCUUGACAUAUGAGGUCAUGAUGGGACAUUUGACGCAGCCGCACAGAGGAGGGGGAGAUGAUCAUGGCGGAGGAGGAGGAGGAGCAGGGCAGGGCGAUGGGGAGACGGAGAGGUCGAGAUGAGCGAGACCGAGAUGAAGGGCAGGCAUCUCGAUGACCUGCUAGUACGCUACCGUACGCAACGCAUGCGCGUCUUCUGCGCUUGCGCUCUCAAUGAUUGUACAUUUAGACUUUCCCGCGACGACACAUCACCAUCACUACACCGCACAGAAGGCAUUGCAGCACCAGCCUCGGCGUCGCAUCGAGAGCUCUCCCACAUCUGAUCCGCUCUCAAAGCUUGAAGACGUAGCCCCCCUGCCUCUCCUUGACCUUCAUCUUCAACUCAGCU